CGCCACCGGCGAUACGCGCUUCAUUCAGCUGGCAACUCUGCUUGUUUGCGCUGCGUGAGAACUUGUUCAUUCGACGGUCAGUGAAUAUCGCUGUAAAAGUGUGAUGCUACAUCGUUCGUUGUUGAAAACACACCACGAAAGCUAAUUAAAUGACUGCCAUGGACGGGAACGAAGUCACGCAAAAAAUCCGGGCUGCCAUCAAGACAAAGCUGAUGGAGCUUGGGGCCUAUGUCGACGACGAGCUCCCCGACUACAUCAUGGUCAUGAUCGCCAACAAGAAGACGAAGGAGCAGAUGACGCAGGACCUGUCACUAUUCCUUGGUGACAGCACUCUCAACUUCACGACGUGGUUGCAAGGAGUGCUGGACCACCUCCAGGCCAUUGCCACAGAAGCCAAGCAACGUGGCAAGGAGGAGCAGCCGAGUGCGUUGCUUCCUGGUGAACCUGUACGGCCGGUGCUGCCCCCCCACCUAGACACUACCAGGCAGCAGAAGUCGGAGCCAGCACUAAUCGCACCCACUGUUGUUGUGGCCUCCCCGCCCAUCAAAGAGGAACCGUUGUUCCUGCCAGAGUACAGCGACGAGGUCCUUGCCCUGAAAGCCGAACCCGAGCCAGACGACGAUCUGGCCGACGACCUGCGUGCCAUGGUGGAGCAGGCACCGGCAACACGGCAGAGGACGGCCAGCAGUGGAGCGGGCAGCAGCAGCAGCGUCUCCCUGGUCCGACCCAUUCCCAGGAUGUCUGCGCCCAAACAGACAUUGACGUCUAAGGAAAGGCCGACCAAGAAGUCGGUGGUGGCACCAGCUUCCGCCGUGCGCCGGAAACCGCAUUUUCUAAGUGAGGCUGAGGACGACGACGAAGAGUAUGACCCGAGCAACCCGUCGGUGGGCUCAAUCGCCAGCGUAGUCAAGGUCUCCGAGAGGAGAUCGAGCGUGCCCGAGAACAUGCAGGCCAACAAGCUUCUCCUGCUCAAGGCCAUGAAGGCCGCACACCAAUCGGUCUCCAGCACGGCUCGCCGCAACCCCUCAGCCCGAGUGGAACCGUACCAGCCAACGCCCAUCCGCGAGCUGGGCUCAAAGCGGAGGAGGCCUGCCAGUCGUCUAGGCUCUACGAGAGCUAGUGAUGCUGACGACGAGGACUCCAUGCCGCCAGCCAAACGACCCAGCGGGCUGUCUAUCAAGGAGAGGCUUGGACGCAGGCGAGCAUCUGCAGAGGAGCCUAUGGAAGCUUCCACCUUGGAGCGGGCACCUGGCCCAACGAGGUCAUCACGAAUUGUUGGUGCCAUUGCUCCUGAAAUCCGGCCAGACACUAGAGCCAGGGAGAAAAGCACGAUGGCCGCACCUGCGGCUGACACAGUGGUCAUCAGGGACAACGUUACCUUGGAGCAAGAUGACGCAGAUCUGCUGGAACUGGAUGUCGCCCACGAGGACGUGCACUCAGUCGUCAAGGACACCACGCCCACAUCCACACCCAACCGGCUGAGCGGGGCCGAUGAUUCCACACCUGGCCACCAGGGCAGCUCGGGCAGCACACCGACUUCAUCCCAGUGGCCGCGCUUUGUGGUCACCCUCGACGGUGUGGACCCAACGAGCUUCAAGAGCAGCAACAGCCACCGCGAGGUACUGACCACCAGUCACGACCUUGAGGAGCUGCCCGAAGAAGAGGACGAGGAACAGCUCGUGCCGGCUGCUUCCCGGAGGCCACCGGUCAAGAGCCGUUUAAUGAUGGCGCCAGUCUCCGAUGCCGAGCUGAUGGAGGAGGCCUCUGUAGUGGAAGAAGAGGAGGAAGCCAUGGCAGUGGACAACGGGGCCCCCCAAAUCCUCGAGAAGUGUCGCUACUGGCCUGCCUGCAAGAACGGUGACCGCUGCCCCUUCCACCACCCGAGUGUCCCUUGCAAGGCAUUCCCGAACUGCAAGUACCGGGACAAGUGCCUUUUCAUCCACCCCAACUGCAAGUACGAUGCCUUCUGCAAGCGCAAGGACUGCCUCUUCACGCACGCCAGCCGGCGCAGCUUCGCCUGCCCACCGCCUGUGGUGUCCUCCCCGUCGGUGCAGCACUGCAAGUUCUACCCUCACUGCACCAACCUCAAGUGCCCGUUCUUUCAUCCAAAGCCAUGCAAGUUUGGUCCAGCGUGCCAGUCGUCCUCGUGUCCGUACAGUCACCCAGAGGGCAGCAUGCCGCCACCCAACAAGCUCAAGUGGACAUCAGCCACUGCCAAGAAAGCAGGGGAGACAGCUGCCUGAGCCACGAGUCACUGUGACGACCUCUGAUGCCCUCACAUGUUGCACCCAGCUUCUUUGCAGGAAUUUCCAGUCGGCUACCCAAGCUAGCCAACCACAGAUGAGUGCCGCCCUCAUUUGCAUCGACGUUGUUACUGCUACAUCUGUGUAGCUGUUGUUUUGCCAUCGGCGUUAUUAGUAGCAGGAUUGCAUCGAUUAUCUUAAUUUUCUUUUUUGUCAUGAGACUUGUAAAUAAAAUCUAGUGGGAAAAAAAAGAAAAACAUGCACGAAAAAAAAAAUAGGUUUCGAAUUUUCGAA